AUGACUUUUGAAAAUGUUACGAAGUUUGAGGAUAUUAAAUUUUCGAACAGUAAUCCGCCGUUAAAAAGAGCGAUUGGAACAGACAAAAUCAGGCAAUUUUUUCCGUUAUUUCAAGUCGAAGGGCAAGGAGUGGAAACUAGAGGGUCGGAUUUUAGCGCUGAAAACAGGCAUUUCAAUCGAGGUGGCAGAAGGAGGCUUUUUGAAAUAAUUGAAUUGGAACCAAUAUGA